AUUUUUACACAAAUUUACUACAAUUAAAAAAGUAAGUUUUGUGGGAAACAAUUCAGAACAAGCAACAGCUUUAAAGGGAUUCUACGAAACUUUUUAUUGGAUUGUUUCCAUUGACAUACACACAUACAUAUAUUUCUUAAGAUUUUGCUCGUCGAACUACAUAGAAAGCGAAUGGAAGAAUUCAAUACACUCACCGAUAACUACAUGCAAAUCGGCCCAUUUAUGCCAAGAUCACCUACAAUGCGUAUCCGCACCAUAGCCAAGAAUGGUGUGUAUAAACGACGUUCGGUGCCAUCGAAGACGAUGGUAAAAAGCGCCAUCACUACGUUAAUGCGUAAUCCACGUGUAGGCGUGUCCUUACAGGCUAUACGAAAAUAUAUCGAAGAGAAUUAUAAUGAUUGCUUUACGAAUGCAAAUAAUCGUUUUCGCUUCAUUAAGAAAUAUAUUAAAAACUCUCUUGAGAGCGGUGAACUUAUACGUACGAAAGGUUUUGGUAUUUCUGGCUCCUUUCGCUUGCCGCUUGCGAAGCAAAGUAUUAAGAAAAAAUCUCCGAAAAUUACGAAGAAGAAAGAACAGAUCAGGAAAAAUAAGAAUACACGCAGGAAAUUGCGCAAGCAUUUAAAAGAAUUGGGUUUGAAUCGUAAGACAUAUCGUGCUGAGCUCAAAAUAAAGAAAAACACUGUGAUGAGUGGAGAAACAGAGUCCAAUGCUUAGAAUGCUGACAUUGUGUACUUAUGGCUGAUGUAGUGAACGCAUGACAGUUUAUUAGGAAACUUUGUUGAAAAGAAAUCUUUAGUGUACUUCUUUAUGACAAUUAUAUUGUCUUUUAUUUAAUAAAAUGCACACAUUUUUGGUUUUAUA